AUGGUCACCGAUUUUUUUAUCCUCGCCCAAGGCUUUCUGUUGUUAUACCGUGUCCAAGCGGCAGUUAAAAAACGACUACUUAUAGCCAGUCUCUUUUUACCACGAUUUCUUGUCAUUGGUGCAGUCCUUGCUGAACUCAUCCUCACACAUAAGACAGCCGGCACAACCGACCCUACCUAUGCCUACUGCAAUGUGACAAUAUUACAGGAAGUUGCCCAAUGUCUGAGCAUUAUCACGGCCUGUUGGGGACAGCUCAAACCAUUUCUCUCCUGGUUGAAAUCCAGUGGUCUACGAAUUCAAGACCUUGAAUACACGUCUUAUGCGUUUGGGAGGUCAAACAUCCAGUCGCAGACACAGUCAAGGUCUAGAUUGACCAGAAAUGAUACCGUUGAGCAUUCGUUCCCAUUCAAUAAAAAGAAUCAAAUUCUCGUUACCCAGAACUGGGAAGUCGAUAGCCAAUCCAGUCAAGCGGAUAUCAUCCAGGAGCCUCGAACAUGGGCCGAGAGUACGAGUGCUAGACAGAGUCCUGUCAACUAA